CGGCAGACCUGUCUAAUUUACCAAAAGUUCAACGGGGUGCACACUGCAUUUCUGAUUCCUGUGGUGAUAUCAAAAAUCCCCUGGACAUCACCACUAUGGCUUCCAAAUCCACCACAGGCCUGCCAUUGGACUCUGCCAAUAUAAUGUCGACAGUACUAGAAGGUAUUUUAUACGGCUUUUCAGUCCUCAUGUUCAUAGGUACCAUCUGGACAUUUACUUACAAACAACGCAUCCGAGACAUCAAUCAGCCAAGCACCGUGGUUGCCACCUUGCUGUUUGUACUCAGUACUGCGCACAUGAUCGUAGGUGCUGUUCGUCUCGAAGAUGGACUGGUGAAGCAUGGCAAUACCCUCCAUGAUGGGCCAGCAAGAUUCUUCGCAGACGUGACCCAACAAACAUUUGUGACAAAGAAUACGAUAAUCACUUUACAAACUUUGCUUGGUGACGGAGUGGUGAUCUAUCGAUGUUACGUCGUUUGGCGAUCUGUGUGGAUUAUCAUCCUACCAUGCAUGAUGUGGUGCGGUGUCGCAGCGUUUGGUAUUUGUAUGGUCUAUGUGCAAGCACCGACUACCAAUGCCAAAAAUGUCUUCGGAAACCAGACUGGACAUUGGAUCACGGCGUUCCUUUCCUUGACGCUUGCAACUAAUUUGCUCAGUUCAGGAUUGUUGGCAUACCGCAUCUGGACGAUCGAACGCAAUGUCUCUGGAGCUUACGCUACGAAGAAUAACAUGCCUAUAUUGCGGGUGCUCGUAGACGCCGCGCUUUUAUACUCCGCAGCGCUUUGCGCCUCGCUGGUAUGUUUCGCCCUCUCGAACAAUGGGUUUUAUGUUUUAGGAGACCUGAUCGUUCCCAUCAUCUCGAUUGCCUUCUACAUGGUCUUUAUCCGCGUCGCAAUCAGCAAGAAGAUCCACGAAUGCCUCUCGGCUACUCUUUGUUGAGGGACAAAUGAAUCUGACCGAAGAAUCUCUUCGAGAUGCCCUGUGCAGCCUUCGAUGCAGAUUGAGAUGGUAUUUUCCUGACCGACAGAGACAGCUUAAAAAUGGAUGCAACCUUAUAGUCUAAGAAUUUCUU